AUGAAGAUGAGCGAGUUAGAGCCAUUGCAUGUGGAAUACACGAAAAUUCAGGGAUCUGCUGUACUAAGAGGGCGAUAUGAUAUCAAAUCAAAGCUGGAACAUGAAGCUGGAUACCUGGGCGCUCUUCCAGAUAACAUAUGUCAGUACCAACUUUUGGUUUAUGUUGACUUAAGUGGGAACAAAAUAAAGGAAAUAGGAAAUAUAUCGUGUCUGACUAAAUUAGAUACACUAGGAAAAAUCUCUGAAAGAGUCUAUUUGAGUGAGAACCAAGUAUCGUUCAUCUAUAAUCGUACAUUCCGAGGACUUGUGUCACUGCGCAACCUAAAUUUGGCAAAUAACAAGAUAAGCUACAUAGAACCCUAUUCCUGGUCUCAUCAAAAGUCUUCUAUACUAAACAUUCAGCUGGAGGGCAAUAAUCUAUCAGAGGUUGACGUGACGAAUGUCACCAUCAAUCGACAUUUUUGUAACCUUGAUUACAGACAUAACAACAUUGAAAAUAUCGUUAACGAAGCUGGAUGGACUUUGACAGCGGACGAUGAAAUCGUACAAGGUGGUUUCGUCGACUUGACUGAAAACAGCAUUUCUGGCGUCAUCGACUUUCUAAAUCUUGGUUUUGCUGACCUUAAAGUCUUCGGGAAGAUAUAUUCUUAUCGUAUAGACUUGCGUGAUGCUUCCUUCCGAUGUGAUUGUAGAAUGGAGCCAUUCUUUCAGUUGGCAGAAUCUGCCCUUCAGGUGGUAUGGAGAAGUUAUUAUGAUAUGUACUGCUUCUCCCCAGAGCAACUACGCCAUCGGUCUAUACCAGAACUGAUACGGAAUAAGCAGUACGAUCUGUUUAUAUGUGAUAUACCACAAACUAAAGGUUGUCCUUACAAUUGUUAUUGCUAUAAACAGCCAAGCAGAGAUCGUGUGGUCGUAAAUUGCUCAGGGCAUGGACUUGAUAUGAUGCCUAAACACGUUCCCAGAAAUGAUCAUCCCCUUGAGAUAUAUCUAGACAAUAACAUUAUAUCCAGCUUAGAGUGGCGAGGAUACCUUAACCUAACCCGGAAGUUAGUCUUAUCCAACAACUCUAUAACUACGAUUGAGGGACGCGCUGUUAAUCAACUACAGAAUGCAACAGAAGUAGACUUACGAGGAAACACGAAAAUCAAUUAUCUACCUGAAGAUAUACGUUACUUAAAACCAAGCAUUUUCAUUUUUGGAGAACUCACAAUUAACUGCAAUUGUAGCAAUACAUGGUAUGGAGAAUGGAUAAAAAUGCAUGAGAACCAAAAAGGAACCAUAAAUAACUUCUGGUGCCAGACCGAACGCAGUACUAAGGAGGCUGCUGAGGUAGUAACAGAAGAAUUGCUAGAUUGUAGUAAAGCGUCGAUGCUGCCGACUUGGAUUGCGGUUACUCUGGCAGUAUUGUCAACUCUUAUCUUGGGGAUUUCGUUGAUCGUGAAGGUAUUUAAGUACGAGAUUUACCUGUUAUUCCGUACUCUAAGAAGCAAAUAUAAGACAUACCCAGAUAUGUACUAUGAUGUUUAUAUAUCAUAUGAUGAAACAACUGACGAGAUAAAUAAGUGGAUCAUGCAUGGAUUACUUCCAGCACUUGAACAGGACGGUUACCGCGUUUGUAUCCCAGCUAGAGAUUUCAAUGUAGGUAUUCCGUAUGAAGAUGAAAUUGCUGAUUGUAUGGGACGCAGCAAAUUUGUUUUAAUGCUCUUUUCAAACAAUGAGAGAAACGUGUUUUGGGAUUUGGAAUGGAAGCGUGCAUGGUAUUUGUAUACCCGGUAUCAAAUCAAGAACAUUAUCCUGAUAAAUUUCGAUAUUUUAGACUACGAUUCCGUGACCCACCCCGUUCUAAGAGCGUUUGUCCGGCUUGGAAUGUCUCUUGACUUUGCCAAUAUGAAGCAAUCAUUAAUUACCGAUAUUAAGAAAAAACUGGGUUGUUCAAGAAGAAGAAAUCGUCGUUUAAAGAACUAAUUUACUAAUUGCAACACAAGAUUUGUUCGUCAGGAUAUGCUGGAGAAGCGAUGAAAUGCAAAACCUUUUCAAAAUCAAAAAUUUCAUUUUUCAAUCUCUGUGGUUAUUCAGAUCUUCAUCAGUCCUCGAACACCGUUCCUCAUGGGGUUAAGGUCUCACACAACUAAUUCAGCAAUCAGCUGCUGUUUCACCUGAGCCAAGUCUAUAAAGAAAAUAUGUUUGUUACAUUUGUAGCCGUUUAAGUGAAUAAAUAACAUAUGAAAUGGAUAUUUUCUAUAUUCGAAAAUAAAUUGUAGGAUCUGGAAAUUUGGGAAAUCGAAAAUAUACACUGCUCGUGAAAAAAAAUGACGUACGAUUCCAUGUGUUAAAAGGCGGGAAUUCCCCAGUCCAGUGUCAAUAACGGGAUUACUGUCUGCCAAGGAUUGGUAUGGAUUAUAUAUGCUAAUAAACCUAUCCGAUAACAUCGUCUUUCAGGAAGGGAAGUCUUUAUACAUCUGUACUUUAAAUUAAUUACUUAAAAUUUCACGUUAUUUGAACUUGAAAUGAACGAUUGAGAGGCUGGAGUCGCUGUUCAUAACAUAUUGUGAAAUCUUGUUGUGUGAGACGGUACGAGAAUCGACACGCAUUGAGGUGGCCAUGACCGUUGGAGUCCGUACAGCCAUAAUCAAGGAAAUAUUACCUUCCUAGGCUUAAUACAGGAUAUGCAAGAUAAACUUUUAGUGCUAACUCUUGACCACACACAGGGUGUGUAAUAUGGAUGGUGAAGUGUGUGUGUGUGUGUGUGUGUGUG